AUGCCGAUGAUGAACAUCAUUGAAACGGAACUCUCCCAGGUAUCCAAGGCAUUCGCCAUCGUGGGAGGGUUCAUUGUAAUAUAUGGUCUUAUUAGCCGCAUUGUCAAAGAGCGCCUUUACAUUUCUGAGCCAUUGCUUGCUGUUACUGUCGGCAUUAUUAUCGGCCCCCGCGUUUUAAAUUGGGUCAACCCCUUUGCGUGGGGCUCGAGCGAAACGUACCACGAGGUAACCUACCAGCUUGCCCGAUUUGUUGUUGGCGUGCAAGUACUGUUCACCGGAAUCACGCUCCCUGAAAAGUAUUUGUGGAGACAGAAAUGGAGCUUGUGCGUGCUGCUGUUUGGUAUAAUGACCUGCGCAUGGUUCAUCUGUGCACUUUUGAUUUGGGGUUUGAUUCGCAACCUGACCUUUCUCGAGGCACUAUGUAUUGCUUCGUGUGUAACACCGACUGACCCCGUCCUCGCGAGCUCGAUUACGUCUGGCCGUUUUGCAGAAGACCAUGUUGCAGAGCAUGUGCGCCAUAUUAUUCUUGCAGAGAGCGGUGCAAACGAUGGGCUUGGUUUUCCUUUCCUGUUUAUGGCUGUGUACCUACUUGUUCGCACCAACAUUGACUCUGGGGAGUCAGUCGGGAACGAAAUUUGGCGCUGGUUUUACAGCGUGAUUAUCUACCAAAUUUUGCUUUCGUGUGUGUAUGGCGCGCUGAUGGGAUACGUUGCGCGCAAAGUACUUCGCCUUGCAGCCAAGUAUGAUUUAAUUGAUAUGCACAAUUUUUUCAGCUACGGUUUUGGUCUCGCCAUCUUUACCCUUGGCACCGCAGGUCUCUUUGGCACCGACGAUAUCCUGGCGUGUUUUGUGGCUGGCAACAGUUUUACAUGGGAUGACUGGUUCCGGAUCCGCCAAGAAGAGACCGACUUUCAAGAAAUUAUUGAUAUGAUAUUUAACACGGCCAUCUUUAUGUACAUUGGCAUGAUUAUCCCAUGGGGUGAUUAUAGUGACAUGGACAUUGGUAUCAAUGGAUGGAGGAUUGUCGUGCUUGGCAUCCUUGUCAUUCUUGUUCGCCGUGUUCCUUGGGUCAUGGCUGGGUACAAGUUUAUUCCUGUGUUGCGGAACUGGAAGGAGGCCGUUUUUACCGGAUGGUUUGGGCCAAUCGGUGUUGGCGCGCUGUACUAUAUUGAAGUCGCGAUUCGCAAAGUGCCCGACGACCAUACUCGUGAUCACUUGCGUCGGGUCGUAAACCCAGUUGUGCUGUUUUGCGUGUUUUCCUCUGUACUUACACACGGUAUUACCAUUCCCAUUAUGUAUUUUGGACCUGGUGUUGUGCGCCACACGCGUACACUCACGCGCUCCACGAGCCAAGGUCGCAACGAGGGGCGCCAAAUCUCAUGGCGCGGUUUCCUCAACUGGUUCUACGCAGACAAAGGCCCUGAUCCAAAUGACCCAGAGACAGGACCGCCAAAGCACGUUGGUCCUUCGCAUAUUCACUCGCAUUUUGCAAGCAUACCCGACGCAGGCAAGGCGUUCAGCCGCGAGAAAGACGGCGAGCUACCUCCAGAUUUGCUCAUGCGUGCGCGCUCCAAAGGUCUUUCUACGUACACCACUAAUGAGUACGGCGUGGAUGCAAAUAUUUCCACUCUUCCACUUGCACCGACCAUAUCGCACGGAGAAGGCAAGAGUGUGCACUUGCACAUGCCGUCCAAAGAAGUGUAG